AAUUAUUGUAAAAUACUAUAUAUACAUUUUAUAUAUACAAAGGAAGAUAUAGAGUACAUAAAAUUCGGAAUCAAACAAUCAAUCUUAGUGAAUCUUUCAUAUAAUUAUUCUAAUAGUUAAUAAAUGCUGCAUAAUCAGCUUUAUUCUUGUAUGCAUAUGUACAUUUGUCAUAUGUUACAAUUGAAUAGCAUUCGUUAUCUUAAGAAUGACAGAUGUUGAAUUGAAAAACACCAUUUGUUACUCUACGACUAACAAAUGAUUUUUUUAACUUCGUUUCUCUACUAUCUACUUAAUAUAAUAUUUGCUCGCAGUUUUAAGUUCAACUUCAUCAAGUAUGGAUAGUAGAAAUAUAUAACUCGCGUUGUUAAAAAAACGGAUUUAACAAUCAUAAAAAAAAAUUUUUAAGAAAAAAAUCUGCACAUUACAAAAGUGUCUAUUACUGAUAACAUAAACUGUAUCUUGAUAUAUAUUAUUCUCUACUAAAUUGCUAAUUAUAUUUAGUUCAAAAAAUUCAACGAAAAAUUAUACGUGAAACAUCAAAAUGCAGAAAAAAUGGUGGUUAUGUUACGCCACGGAUUUUCAAUCUUUAAUGUAUCCUUGCUUCAUCUGUUGUCGCAUUUUCGGAAUAUUUCCGUACAAGUUCAAUACUUCAACUUUUGAGAUUUCGAAACCGCGCCACAUCUUGUCAACCGUCGUGAUCUGCGUAUGCUGUGUUAUAAACUUGUCAUUUAUUUACGAUAUUAUAUCAAAAAUGUACCUUGGAGAAGUAACCAUAAAUCUUCACUUUCUUAUUUACUACGUUACCUGCAGUUCAAUAGUGAUUAGCACGAAUAUUUUGAGUGUUCCACGAAUGCGCUUACUACAGACUAUAUUAGAGAUCUCUUCGAAAGUACCUCAAGAGUCAUAUCAAAAGCUAUCAAGAUUUAUCCAUGUUAAAGAUAUAUUGGGUAUUACCCUUAAAUUUGUACAAAUAUAUACAAAUUUUUCGAAAAUACAGAAGUUACAAUUAAACUUUUUCCUAAUUGCUGUGGUAAGAACAUACUUUGCUCUGCUGGUUUAUCAGACAAAUAUGUUGUACAUAAAUUGCGUCUGUAUAUUAAAAGCCUGUUUAAAAAAUAUUAAUGACAAUCUGAUGCACAUGCAAAGACUCAAGUUAAACAAUACAAAAAUAUGUAUCCCCAUGUUUAUUUAUCGUGUGCAGAAAAAACAACUUUUGCUAAUGGAACUGAAAAACCUUAGGAAGAGACAUCUAAUAAUUGGUAAUGCAGUGCAAAAGUUGAAUAUAAUCUUCAGUCUGCAACUCCUUGCUACUCUAGUGAUGACUCUUUCUGCUAUUACUUUUGCACUAUAUUUCCGUGUAAUACAUUGGCAAAACGGAAUAUUUAUUAGUUUGGAUAAACACUUUCUCGAUGUGUUAUCAGCAUCCCUCAUAUAUAACUUUGUCAUAAUAAUACUACUUAUAUGGGCUUGCGAAACGGGUAAGAAUCAAGCCCAAGAGAUCAGUACCACCAUUUAUGACUUAUUUAACAGUACCAAUGAUAAGAAAAUCAAAUACGAGGUAGUAAAAUUAUAAUUUUGUAUGUGUAUAUAUUUCUCAAAACGUUCUGCACGCUAACACAAUAUUUUUAAAUAUUAAAUCCACUGAAUUAAUUGAAUUUAUUAUUUCUACUUUUUAUGUCUACAUUUAAUUUAUUUGGUUACAGUUACAACUGUUUUCUUUACAAAUAUUGCACCGUAAAAUUAUUUUCUCGGCGAAAGGUAUGAAUAUUGACGCGACGCUUCUUGCAGCAGUAAGUAAUCAAUUAUUUGAUUUAGUCAACAAAAUAUCUAUUGCCAAUACUUUUUGUUCUUUUUUUCA